UUAUCUAUUCUCUAUCAUAACAUUCUUACAGACCAAUCAAGAAAUGGAAAAGACAAUGACCUUUACAUUUCUUCUCUUAAUUGUCUUCGCCAUAUCAUCAUCUCCUGCAAUGUCAGGACCAGCGCAACUCUAUAAUGUUCAAAACUAUGGAGCCAAACCUGAUGGCUCGACUGACUCCACAAAGGCUUUUCUCGCUGCAUGGGCUGAUGCCUGUGGUUCUAAUGCCCCUGCCACUCUUUACGUUCCUGCAGGAAGGUUUUCUUUAGGCAAAGUGGAAUUUCAGGGUCCGUGCAAGAACAGUGCCAUUGAAGUUAGUAUCGACGGUACCCUUAUGGCUCCAUCUGAUUAUUCUGUUAUUGGUGACGAAAACAAUUGGAUAAUCUUCGUACAUGUUGAUGGCGUAACUGUUUCUGGUGGUGUGCUUGAUGGUCGAGGCUCCGGCUUGUGGUCUUGCAAGUCUUCUGGCAAGAACUGCCCAACUGGUGCAACGUCGCUAGAAUUUUCCAAUUCGAAAAACAUUGAAAUCAAUGGAUUAGCAUCAGAAGACAGUCAAAAGUUUCACAUUGUCAUCAAUAGCUGCCAGAAUGUCAAGGUACAAAGCGUGAAAGUCUCGGCUGACGGUGAUAGUCCUAACACCGACGGAAUUCACGUUGAAGGUUCAAGCAGUGUCACCAUAUUGAACUCCAAGAUUGGUACAGGGGAUGAUUGUGUGUCAAUUGGCCCUGGAACCACUAACUUAUGGGUUGAGAAUGUUGCUUGCGGACCUGGGCAUGGAAUCAGCAUUGGAAGCUUAGGCAAGGACAACGAUGAAGCUGGAGUGCAAAAUGUGACUGUUAAGACCACUACAUUUUCAGGCACCCAAAAUGGUGUCAGAAUUAAGUCUUGGGGGAGACCAAGCAGUGGUUUUGCCAAGAACAUUCUGUUCCAACAUGCUGUUAUGACCAAUGUUCAAAACCCAAUUGUAAUUGACCAGAAUUAUUGUCCUGGAGAAAGUAACUGCCCAGGCCAGGAAUCUGGUGUCCAAAUUAGUGAUGUAACAUACCAAGACAUCCAUGGAUCAUCAGCAACAGAAGUUGCGGUUAAAUUUGAUUGUAGCAGAAGCACUCCAUGCACUGGGAUUGAAUUGGAGGACGUGAAGCUGACUUAUAAUAACAAGCCUGCUGAAGCAUCUUGUAUCAAUGCAGCUGGCACUGCUUCUGGUGUUCUUCAGCCCUCAAGCUGUCUUUAGUUGGGGAAAAUGUUAUAAGUUCUUGAGUCAGAAUUUGCAGUAAGAAAACGUCAUGAAGUCCAUUUUCCAGGGUUAUUUUCUUGAUUGGUUAGAGCACAUAGGUUUAUUGCCUGAGCCUGUGGCUUUCAGGCCCAUUUGAGUUGUUGGUUACAGCCCGGCCUUGCGAUUAUAUAAACACCCUUGUUUGAUUGUUAUUUUAUAAAUCUACUAUGAUAUUGAGUUUUUUUUUUUCUUAUUUA